AAUGCGCAGGAGGCUAAAUUUGCAGCCUGCGUUUGAAGUCUAUAAUAUUUUGUCAUACAAAAAUUACACGUAGGUCCACGUGGGUUUCUGCUGUUGGUGGGUUGAACCGAGUUGAACUUUGAGAUAGAAAUCGCGCUCGUGGUGAAUAUUUAGCUAAAAAUUUGGGGUCAGUCAGCAACCCCGCAGCUGCCGCACUCCCACAGACACACCGCGGCCUGUCUUGAAUCGUGUCCGCGUCGCCAUGCACUGUCCCCGGGUCUGGAGUGCCGUGAGCGCCCUGAGCAGAGGAGCGUUAUGGAGGGGCCGAGCGCAGAGCCACUCCACCGCCUCCAGCCUGGAUCUGAGCGGGAUCUACCCGCCCAUAGCGACUCCUUUCGCGGCUAGCGAGGACGUGGACUACCGUAGACUAGAGGAGAACCUGCAAAAGUACCAGCAAAUCCCGUUCAAAGGUCUGGUGGUGCAGGGCAGUAAUGGGGAGUACCCGUACCUGACGGAGGAGGAGAGGGUGGAGGUGGUGAGAGUCGUCCGAAAGAACCUCCCCAAAAACAAGCUUCUGAUGGCAGGUUCCGGAUGUGAAUCGACUAGGGCCACAGUGCAGCUGACUGAGAAGAUGGUGUCUGUUGGAGCAGACUGCCUCCUGGUGGUGACUCCGUGUUUUUAUAAAGGGAAAAUGGACACUGCCGCGCUCGUCCACCACUUCAUCCAGGUGGCAGACCAGAGCCCAGUGCCUAUCGUUCUGUACAGUGUCCCAGCCAACACUGGACUAGAGAUCCCCUUAGAGGCCGUGGUCACACUGGCACAGCACCCAAACAUUGUGGGGCUGAAGGACAGUGGAGGAGACAUCACAAGAAUUGCGUUGAUUGUUCACAAGACAUCUGCACAGAAGUUCCAGGUUCUUGCAGGGUCGGCUGGGUUCCUCAUGGCUGCCUAUUGUGUUGGUGCAGUGGGCGGAGUCUGUGCUCUGGCAAACGUCCUAGGCCCUCAGGUGUGUGAGCUGCAUCAGCUGUGUUUGAGUGGCCAAUGGGACAAGGCCCGCGCUCUGCAGCAAAGGCUCAUCGAACCAAACACAGCUGUGACCCGUGGCCUGGGCGUCCCAGGUCUGAAGACGGCAAUGGAGUGGUUUGGUUUCCAUGGAGGCACCUGUCGCUCUCCUCUGCAGCCACUCACAGACACACAGGCUCAGCAGCUCAGGAAAAACUUCUCAGACAAUGGAUGGAUAUGAACUCAAUACAGGACAGAAAACAGUAUAUGCAAACGACAGCCUUCCCUUCAUUAGUAUAUUAUGUCCAGUUUAUUACUGAAAGACUGAUUGGACGAGGGGAGUGUGAGCUAUCAAUAAGAAACUGUCAGCUUCGAGGAAAUUACUUUCUUUGGACUUAUAGAUUGAAAAUAUAUUGAUAUCGCUAUUAUUAAAUAAAUACAUAAAUAAAUGAAUAAAUAAAUAGGUAGUGCAUUUAAAGAGAAAUUUGCAUAUAUAUAACUUUAUUAUUUAGUUCAAGGUCAAUUAUUGCAUUUUUUAAAACCACACUUAUUGUUAAUUAUUUGUAAUUAACAAUACAAAUGAUGAUUCAGUGACUGAUUGAAUUGAAAAAGAAAAUAUGCUGUAUUUCAACAGAUUACAAUGUAAUAAAUCCUCAAAGAUUUUUGUA